AUGUCAGAUUCAGCCAUUUUCCGAUUCAACUUUUCUGUUGAUGAUGAUGAUGAGAUGAGUGAUGAUGCUGAUCAUACCGAAUCCACAAAUGUUUCAUUUCAUCCAUCGAUCAUCACCACUACGUUUCAUUCUUCGAUGAAUAAUUCUUCUCUUUCAUCCGAAGAUACUCUUCCCUUUGAAAUUGUGAACAUUCCAAAAUUAGAAGAUAUUAAUUAUUUAAAACAAUUUUCAAUUGAAUGGAGAGGUCUCAUGAAAUAUAUAAACAUUACCACCAAAUUACAACAUGAACAACAUAUUUCUCAAACUACAAAUUCAGAUAUUGUAAAAAACAAAUAUGAAGGUGGAUUUAAAUUAUGGGAAUGUUCAGAAGAUUUAGUUGAAUUUUUAAUGAAUGAUUCAAAAUUUGUCAAUGACAAUGUAAAGAAUAGAAAUGUAUUAGAAUUGGGAUGUGGUCAUGCAUUACCUUCUAUUUAUUGUUUAUUACAGGGAGGUGCAAAGAAGUGUGCAUUUCAAGAUUAUAAUAAGGAAGUGAUUCAAUUAUUGACUAUUCCCAACUUACUCUUAAACAUUUCACAACAUGAAAUCAUUUCAACCACAUUGGACAAGUGUCAAUUCUUUUCAGGUGAUUGGAGUAAAAUGAGUGAACAUUCCAUCAUCCAAAAAGAUUAUGAUUUGAUCAUGAUGAGUGAUACCAUAUAUUCUGUUGAUUCGUAUGACAAGUUAUAUCGAGUCAUUCGAUCAGCAAUAAGACCAGGUGGAAAAUUACUUGUUGGAGCCAAAUCUUAUUAUUUUGGUUGUGGAGGUAGUACUCAACAAUUCAUCAAUUUUGUGAAACAGAAAGAUCCUCAUGUCCAAAUUGAGACUCUCAAAGACAUUCGAGAUGGUGUCAGUAAUGUGAGAGAAAUUCUUCUCUUUACUUUUGAAUAA